AUGAAAUCAUUAACAAAACUUAAAAUUAGAAUUAAAGAAGGAGAAGCAUUAAAUCAUUUAAGUGAAUUGAAACAAUUAAAAAAACUUCAUAUUUAUGAUAGUUAUAUAGGUGAUGAGGGUGUUAGAUUUAUAAGUGAAUUGAAACAAUUGACCACUCUUGAUAUUCGUAAUAAUGGUAUUUCUGAAUAUGGAGCUAAAUAUUUAAGUGAAUUGAAACAAUUAACUUUUCUUAUUAUUGAUAAAAAUAAUAUUGGUGCUAAAGGAUCAAAAUAUAUAAGUGAAUUGAAACAAUUGACCAUUCUUAUUAUUGAUAAAAAUAAUAUUGAUGAUGAAGGAGCAAAAUAUUUAAGUGAAUUAAAACAAUUGACCUAUCUUAAUAUUCAAGAUAAUCGUAUAGGUGAUGAAGGAUCUAAAUAUAUUGGAGAAUUGAAACAAUUAACUGAUCUUUAUAUUAAUAACAAUCAAAUUGGAAAUGAAGGAGCAAAAUAUUUAAGUGAAUUAAAACAUUUAAUACUUCUUAAUAUUUCUAACAAUCAAAUUGGUGAUGAGGGAGCUAAAUAUUUAUGUGAAUUGAAACAAUUAAUGGAUCUUGAUAUUUCUUGUAAUGACAUUGGUGAUGAAGGAAUUAAAUAUUUGAGUGGAUUGAAACAAUUGACCCAUCUUGAUAUUUCCUACAAUAAGAUUAGAGAUGAAGGAGUUAAAUACAUAAGUGAAUUGAAAGAAAUAAUGUAUCUUUAUAUUAACAACAACUAUAUUGGUGAUGAAGGAACAAAAUACUUGAGUGAAAUGAACCAAUUAAAAGAUCACAACAAAGACUUUCAAUAUAAAGAAGAUGAAGAUGCCUGA